AGGGCAGGCUUUGAACGUUUGUGCUCUGUUUUGAGGUUCUAGGAGUCAUUGGUGAAGUGAUAUAACGGCAGGCUCUAAGCCUUCCGGCAGUCACCAGUUGAGUCAUUAUGUGGGGUUGCACAAGGCUUUGGUUGCUCUUCAUUGCUUUACUUCACCUAAAAGAUGUAAGGGCACUUGGAGUGUGGAGUAAAAGCCCUGCAGAAGAUUGGUACAGUGUUGAUGGCAAAACAUCUCUGGAUCAGCUGCAGGAAACUGCAUCCUUUCCUGAUGGAGCCCAAACUUCCACAGCCUUGAGGGAUGAAAGUAAAACCAAUGCUGGAGUUCUGCAAACUAAGAUAGAUUUAUGGGCAGGUUUAUCUUCAUCGGAAGCCCUGACAAAUGGCUCUUUUGGUUACUACAAGCCAGUGUUCCCAGGCAUUCAAGCUUUCCGAAAACAGAACGUUGCCUCACAAAGCAGAGGCUCAACUGUCUAUGGGCUUUCACAAGGGCUUGGCAGCCAAUAUGGUAGUUUCCAAACACAGCAAGACAAAAACCAAUUGAGCUCUGCCCCUGCUUUAACGUUGAACCAACAAGCCUCUGGCAUGUCUUCCAGCUCCCACACUGGUUCGCAAAGCACACUUUCUGACUGGUUGUCCCUAGGACUUUCCAGACCCUAUGUUAGUUUCCAGACACAGCAAGGCACAAAUCAACUUGGCUCUGCUCCUGCAUUAACUGUAACCCAGAAGGCAACUGAAGGUUCCACAACAGCUAAUGGUUCCUCCACCUCCAGUUUAUCGAGUGCUUACAGUGGUUCUCAAGGCUCCACUGGCUAUGGACUGUCUCAAGGGCUCGCAAGCCAGUAUGGUGGUGGUCAAUCAAGCCCUGCCAUUGUGACCCAACAGGCCUCUGGGAGUGCUGUUUCCAGUGGUUCUACGUCUAGUACUUCAAGCUCCCACAGUGGUUCUCAAAGCCGAGGCUCAACUGUCUAUGGACUGUCUCAAGGAUUUUCCAGGCCCUUUGGUAGUUUCCAGACACAGCAAGGCACGAAUCAACUUGGCUCUGCCCCCACGUUAACUGGAACUCGGCAGGCAACUGUAGCUGUCGCAACAGCUAAUGGUUCCUUCAGCUCAUCAAGCUCCUUCACUGGUUCUCGAAGCCCGUCUUCCAAUUGGCCUUCACUAGGACUUUCCAGACCCUAUGGUAGUUUCCAGACACAGCAAGGCACAAAUCAACUGAGCUCUGCCCCUGCAUUAACUGGAACUCAGCAGGCAAGUGGAGGUGCCACAACAGCUAAUGGCUCCUCCACCUCCAGUUUAUCAAGCCCCUACAUUGGUUCUCAAAGCUCCACUGGCCAUGGACCGUCUCAAGUGCUUGCAAGCCAGUAUGGUGGUGGUGGUCAAUCAAGCUCUGCCCCUGCCUUCGUGACCCAGCAGGCCUCUGGGAGUGCAGUGUACAGUGGUUCCACAUCUAGUACUUCAAGCUCCUUCCAUGGUUCUCAAAGCCGAGGCUCAACUGGUUAUGGGCCGUCUCAUGGGCUCGCGAGCCUGUAUGGUCAUGGUCAAUCAAGCUCUGCCCCUGCAUUAACAGUAUCCCAUCAGGCAAGUGAAGGUGCCACAACAGCUAAUGGUUCCUCCGGCUUAUCGAGCUCCUUCACUGGUUCUCCAAGCCCAACUGCCUACUGGCUGUUGCUUAGACUUUCCAGCCAAUAUGCUGGUUCCCCGGCACAGCAAGGCAAAAACCAGCUUGGCUCCGUGGCUGGAUUAAAUGUAACUCAACAAGCCUCUGCAAGUCCAGUGUUGAAUGGUUCUACUUCUAGCACUUCAAGCUCCUACAGUGGUUCUCAAAGACGAGGCUCAACUGUCUAUGGACUGUCUCAAGGAUUUUCCAGCCCCUAUGGGAGUAUCCAGACACAGCAAGGCACAAACCAACUGAGCUCUGCCCCUCCUUUAACUUUAACCCAACAAGCCUCCGGCAUGUCUUCCAGCUCCCACAAUGGUUCUCAAAGCCGAGGCUCAAAUGUCUAUGGACUGUUUCAAGGAUUUUCCAGACCCUUUGGUAGUUUCCAGACACAGCAAGGCACAAAUCAGCAGACAACUGAAGCCGCCACAACAGCUAAUGGUUCCUCCACCUCCAGUUUCUCACGCUCCUUCACUAGUUCUCAAGGCCCAACUGCCUACUGGCUGGUGCUAAGACUUCCCAGCCAAUAUGCUGGUUCCCAGGCCCAGCAAGGCAUAAACCAGCUUAGCUCUGUGCCUGGAUUAAAUAUGAUUCAACAAGCCUCUGCAAAUGCAGUGUUAAAUGGCUCUACAUCUAGUACUUCAAGCCCCUACAUUGGUUCUCAAGGCUCCACUGGCUAUGGACCAUCUCAAGUGCUUGCAAGCCAGUAUGGUGGUGGUGGUGGUCAAUCAAGCUCUGCCCCUGCCUUUGUGACCCAGCAGGCCUCUGGGAGUGCAGUGUCCAGUGGUUCUACGCCUAGUACUUCAAGCUCCUUCCAUGGUUCUCCAAGCCAAAGCUCAACUGGCUAUGGGUUGUCUCAAGGGCUUGGUAGCCGCUAUAGUAGUUUUCAUACACAGCAAGGCACAAACCAACUGACCUCUGCCCCUGCUUUAACUUUGAACCUACAAGCCUCUGGCAUAUCUUUCAGCUCCCACAAUGGUUCUCGAAGCCCGUCUUCCAAUUGGCCGUCACUAGGACUUUCCAGACCCUAUGGUAGUUUCCAGAUGCUGCAAGGCACAAAUCAGCAGACAACUGAAGCUGCCACAACAGCUAAUGGUUCCUCCACCUCCAGUUUAUCAAGCCCCUACAUUGGUUCUCAAAGCUCCACUGGCUAUGGACCGUCUCAAGUGCUUGCAAGCCAGUAUGGUGGUGGUCAAUCAAGCUCUGCCCCUGCCUUCGUGACCCAGCAGGCCUCUGGGAGUGCUGUGUCCAGUGGUUCUACAUCUAGCACUUCAACCUCUUACAGUGGUUCGCAAAGCCAAGGUCCAACUGUCUAUGGACUGUCUCAAGGAUUUUCCAGGCCCUAUGGUAGUUUCCAAACACAGCAAGGCACAAAUCGGCAGACAACUGAAGCUGCCGCAACAGCUAAUGGCUCCUCCAGCUCAUCGAGCUCCUUCACUGGUUCUCAAAGCCCGUCUUCCAAUUGGCCUUCACUAGGAAUUUCCAGACCCUAUGUUGGUUUCCAGACACAGCAAGGCAUAAACCAGCUUGGCUCUGUGCCUGGAUUAAAUGUGAUUCAACAAGUCUCUGCAAGUGCAGCGUUAAAUGGUUCUACAUCUAGUACUUCAAGCUACUACAGUGGUUCUCAAAGACGAGGCUCAACUGUCUAUGGACUGUCUCAAGGAUUUUCCAGUCCCUAUGGUAGUUUCCAAACGCAUCAAGACACAAAUCGGCAGACAACUGAAGCCGCCACAACAGCUAAUGGUUCCUCCACCUCCAGUCUAUCAAGUUCCUACACUGGUUCCCAAAGCCAAACUGCAACUGCCUAUGGGUCAUCCCACAGCCUUUCCAAUCUUUAUGAUGGUUUGCAUAAACAGCAUGGUGUCCAAUGGCUGAGCUCUGUCCCUGCCUUAACUGUGAACCAGCAGGCCUCUGGAAGCACCAUAACAUCCAAUGGCUCCAACACCGAUGCUUCAAGUGCCUACAGUGCUCCUCAAAGCCAUAGUUUGUCUCAUGGGCUUGUUGGGAGCUCUCUCAGCAUACCGAACCAAAAUGUCCAGCAACUGGGGGCCUUCAAUCAGCUGGUUCCUUCUCUGUGGUUGGGUCAGCAAUCUUGUGAAAAGACUGUUCAGUGACUCAUCUUCCAAGAUUUCCCCCAAGCUUUUCUGGUAGUAAAAGCUCAGUGGGUCCCACCUUCCCUUGAAACCUUAUGACUUCCAGGUUUCAUCUCGAAGGACUCCUGCCGUGUUCAACUUGAUGGUAAAGCAGUGUCUCUAAUUAUAGUGCUUUAUUAUAAAAUGCCUGGCUUGUCUGUCUAAAUGAUCUAUUAAAGCAUGCUUUUUGUAUUCCA